AUGCACAAGGAUCAUAAUAGCCCUCGCUCACCAUCAACACCUAAUGGCCGUAUCAGGCAACGUAGGAAGUCCAAUGAGAUUCCUGCAGCAGAUUUGAACGGAAGCCAGUUUCUUCUGGUUGAUGAUCGCAACAAAUACAGAUCAUUUUGGGUGCGUGCUUAUUCUUCUUUAUGGAUGCUUGCAGUGGUUGCCCUUAUUCUCUAUUUGGGUCAUCUUUUCAUAUGGGCAACCGUCGUCAUCAUCCAAAUUAUUAUGGCCAGUGAGCUUUUCAAUUUGCUUAGAAGAGCUCAUGAAGACAAGCGCCUACCAGGCUUCAGGCUUCUCAACUGGCACUUCUUCUUCACUGCUAUGUUCUUUGUAUAUGGAACCAUAAUCAAGAAGCAGCUUGUCAAUACAGUAACUUCAGAUGCAUUCUUUUACAGAGUUGUCAGCGGUUUUAUCAAGUAUCAGAUGGUUAUUUGCUAUUUCUUGUAUAUUGCAGGAUUUGUGUGGUUCAUUCUAACAUUAAAGGCCAAGAUGUAUAAGUACCAGUUUGGCCAGUUUGCAUGGACACACAUGAUUCUUAUUGUAGUAUUCGCUCAGUCAUCCUUCUUUGUGGUGAAUUUAUUUGAAGGGAUCUUCUGGUUUCUUCUUCCAGCAUCACUAAUUGCUAUCAAUGAUGUAGCUGCUUAUGUUUUUGGUUUCUUUUUUGGGAGAACACCUUUAAUCAAACUAUCACCCAAAAAAACAUGGGAGGGGUUCAUUGGAGGAUCAAUUGCAACUAUACUCUCAGCAUUUGUGCUGGCAAACGCCUUGAGCCGAUUCCAGUGGUUGACUUGCCCAAGGAAGGAUUUAUCAACUGGUUGGGUUCAAUGUGAUCCAGGACCAUUGUUUAAGCCAGAGUAUUAUUCUUUGUUCAGUUGGGUACCAAAUUGGGUAGGUUACAUAUUGUAUCUUCAAUCUGAGUUGGUGCUUUUCCCUUGA